AUGGCCAAGCUUCCCACCAUGGCCAAGCUUCCCACCAUGCCCAAGCUUCCCACCAUGCCCAAGCUUCCCACCAUGGCCAAGCUUCCCACCAUGGCCAAGCUUCCCACCAUGGCCAAGCUUCCCACCAUGGCCAAGCUUCCCACCAUGGCCAAGCUUCCCACCAUGCCCAAGCUUCCCACCAUGGCCAAGCUUCCCACCAUGGCCAAGCUUCCCACCAUGGCCAAGCUUCCCACCAUGGCCAAGCUUCCCACCAUGGCCAAGCUUCCCACCAUGCCCAAGCUUCCCACCAUGCCCAAGCUUCCCACCAUGGCCAAGCUUCCCACCAUGGCCAAGCUUCCCACCAUGCCCAAGCUUCCCACCAUGCCCAAGCUUCCCACCAUGGCCAAGCUUCCCACCAUGGCCAAGCUUCCCACCAUGGCCAAGCUUCACACCAUGCCCAAGCUUCCCACCAUGGCCAAGCUUCCCACCAUGGCCAAGCUUCCCACCAUGUCCAAGCUUCCCACCAUGUCCAAGCUUCCCACCAUGGCCAAGCUUCCCACCAUGUCCAAGCUUCCCACCAUGCCCAAGCUUCCCACCAUGGCCAAGCUUCCCACCAUGGCCAAGCUUCCCACCAUGGCCAAGCUUCCCACCAUGCCCAAGCUUCCCACCAUGUCCAAGCUUCCCACCAUGCCCAAGCUUCCCACCAUGCCCAAGCUUCCCACCAUGGCUAAGCUUCCCACCGUGGCCAAGCUUCCCACCGUGGCUAAGCUUCACACCAUGCCCAAGCUUCCCACCAUGGCUAAGCUUCCCACCGUGGCCAAGCUUCCCACCAUGCCCAAGCUUGGACAUGGUGGGAACUAG